CCAUAUAUAAAUGUUGUGACCUCAGUCCUCUCUCCAUAACCAUAACCCAUCCAUUUCUUUUCUUCUCUGGGUCUUUUGCUUCCUCUCUCGUCCUUCCUUUCUCUCAUACCAGGGCAGGGGUGGAGAGAUAUAUAAAGCUUAUUACGGCGGCGGAAAUGGCUGAUUCCGGCGGAAGCGACGACUGCUGUUUCGCGUCCCAAAACGACCAGGUAGAAGCAACAUCGAGUGGGAAGAAAUAUGGAGGACUCGUGCCGAAGAAGAAACCUCUGAUUUCAAAGGACCAUGAGCGCGCCUUCUUUGAUUCAGCAGACUGGGCUUUGUGCAAGCAAGGUGCAGGGCUGAGUCAAAAAUCAGCAGUGACAAUGGAAAAUUUACGUCCAAAAUUACAGAGAACACCACACCAACAGCUUCCUCCUCGAAGACCUGCUUGCACAUCGGGUCGGGAAUCGGCGUAGUCUUGCAGGGUAGUGCUUUCAAAAACGUCAAUUGGAGAAGCGGAUUUAGUGUUUUGGGGAUCUCUCCAUCUGGUUAAACAUUUGUAAAUGUUUGAUUAAUUGCUUCUAGCAAAUCUUUGAGUUAUUUUCCCCUUGUCAAAACAUUGUUAUUUUAAUUUUCAUGAUGUCCAUUUAAUGUUUUUUUUUUCCUCCCCGAGCAUGCAUCCAAUGUAUUAUUGUAUUUUUUUUCAAAAAAUUAUUAUUAUUAUUAUU